CCACAAGGCUGCAACUGCACGUCAAUCCGGGCUUGUCUCUGCGUUGGAAACAACGCUGUUGCACGCCAUUACAGCUGCAUCAUCAAUCAACAUAUGAGCGAUCCUGGGCUUGUGGUAAUCCCUCGAUAUUUCUACGAGUUGAGGGAAGAGAGCAACGCUUCUGAGCGUCGGGGCUAUCAUUAGCUUCCUCGCCAUGUCUUCGGACGACGAUCGCCAGAGCCGGCUUUCGGAGAACGUGCGAAGGCAUUCCUCUGAUGCGUCUGAAAUAGGCGAAAAUGGUGCCCUGAACUUUGAUGAUGAGAAAAUCAAUGGAGAUGAUGACGCUGACCUCUUUGGUUCUGGAUCGGAGGAACCUGACCAGCGCAAACCACGGAGACUGGAUGAUGAGGAAUUGGAUUCUGGCGACGACGAAGGUCGCUAUGACCGGCAUGGCUCUCCAAUGGACGAGGAUGGAAUGGAUUAUACCGAAUCGGUAAAUGUUAUGGAUUUGAGUCUUAGUCGUGUACCAGAGCCAGAAUCUACGGACGGAGAGGUCUACACGUUGACCAUGCCGAAUUUCCUCGCUAUAGAGUCUGAAGAUUUCAACCCAGAAACCUAUGUUGCCCCGCCCUUUAACUCUGCAUCUACCUCCCUGUGUUGGCGCUAUGAUCCAAACAAUGGUGAGACGCUUCAGUCAAAUGCUCGGAUCGUCCGCUGGUCAGACGGUUCAUUAACGCUUCAACUUGCAUCCAAUCCAAAGGAACAAUAUCGAAUGCCGUCCAAAAGGCUUGCACGUUCUAACAAAGCGCGCAAAGCCACUGAUUACGAUUCUGAAUUGGACGCCCACGCUUAUCUCGGCGCAGCAGCUGAAGCUUCAUCGGUGUUCCGUAUCACCUCUCACCUCACGUCCUCUCUCAGUAUCCUUCCAACUACGGUGGAAACCGACGAUGCUGUUCAACGUCUUAAAGAAUCACUGGAAGCUGCUUCGAGGGGGGCCAAAAAGAAUGUGGACGGCACAGUUACGAUGUUUGACGUCGCUGAAGACCCAGAAUUAGCCAAGAAACGCGCAGAGCUUGCAGAACGUGAGAAAUUACGAGCAGAUCGUAAGCGCCAGCUGGCAGCAGACCGCGAUCUUGACCGAGGGAGGCGCGUUGGUAUUUCCUAUAGAACCGGAGGAGGAGGCCUCACUGUUGCUGGGCUAGAAGGUGACGAUGAUAUGUUGACCACUAAAUCGCGUGGCCCGAAGAAACCUAAACGGAGGCCCAAUCGUCGCGGGGAGAUUUAUUCCGAUGAUGAAGAUGAGUACGAUCGAAGAGGGCGGACAAGGGAAGACGAGUAUGACGAAGAUGAUGGUUUCCUAGUCGGCAGUGAUGAAGAACCGGAGAUUAUGGAGGAAGAAGAAGAGGAGGAGGAAGAGGAGGAGGAUGAUAAUGGUGACUUAGACGACGAGGAGGCCGAUGCUGAAGGAGAAGUCGAUGAAGAAGUACCGCAGAAGUCUUCAAAGAGAGCGCCUACGCCAGAAAGAUCCCCGGAGGGGAACCCUAUUAAAAAUGCCGAGCGUGAAGUUGGAUCGCCCCAUACCAGGAAGAAAAAUCGGUAUGUCGUUGACGAUGAUGAAGAUGAUGAGUAG